CCCCAAUUUCUCCAUGUUCAUUCAUCUCCUCCUCCUAUUCAAUCCCCCCAUCCAAUCCAUGAUUCUGUUGCUUUAAUCGGUUUCAAUGAAUCUUUGAUUUGUUUCUUUCCCGAUGACUCUAUAAUUUUUAUUAUUAUUUUUUUUUGGAAAGUAAUAAUAAGGAGGAUAAUAAUGGAGGAUCGGCACCCAGCUUUGCUGAUGAACAACGGAGCAUACGAUACUGUCUUCGAACUAGUUAUACCAUAUCUGACUGAUCCGCGUGACCGGGACGCGGUCUCCUUGGUGUGCCGGAGAUGGUACGAGAUCGACGCUCUGACUCGCAAGCACAUCACCAUGGCGUUCUGCUAUACGGCUACUCCCCAGCGCUUGUCCCAGAGGUUUCCGCAUCUGGAGUCGGUGAAGCUCAAGGGGAAGCCUCGCGCUGCCAUGUUUAAUUUGAUUCCCGAGGACUGGGGAGGAUAUGUGACCCCCUGGGUGGAAGAGAUCAGCCGGUCACUUGCUCAGUUGAAAGCUGUUCAUUUCCGGAGGAUGAUUGUUGGCGAUUCAGAUCUUGAGCUUCUGGCCAGGUGCAGGGGUAAGAUCCUUGAAGUGAUCAAACUCGACAAGUGCUGUGGAUUUACUACGGAUGGACUUCUUCAUAUCACUCGCAGUUGUAGGAGUUUAAAAACCCUGUUCUUAGAGGAGAGCAAAGUGAUUGACAAGGAUGGUCAGUGGCUUCGUGAGAUAGCAUUGAACCACACUGCUCUUGAAAAUUUGAAUUUUUAUUUGACAGAGAUUGGCAAUGUUGACUUUCAAGACCUUGAACUGAUUGCCCGAAGAUGUCCUUUAAUCUCGCUAAAGAUCAGUGACUGUGAUAUUGUGGAUCUAAUUGGCUUCUUCCGAGCUGCAGUUUCACUAGAGGAGUUUGCUGGGGGAUCCACUAAUGUCCAACAGGAUCUUGAAGACGAGAAUAGCUUAAAUGAACAAUUGGGAAGAUAUGCUGCUGUAUCAUUCCCCCAAAAGUUAUGCCAGUUGGGUCUAACAUACCUUGGGAAUCUUGAAAUGCAAAUUGUAUUUCCGGUUUGUGCCAGGCUUAAGAAAUUGGAUCUUCUCUAUGCUUUUCUCAACACAGAAGGUCACUGUCAAGUGUUGCGUAGAUGUCCCAACUUGGAAGUUCUGGAGACCAGGGAUGUUAUUGGCGAUAGAGGUUUGGGGAUUCUUGCUAAAUUUUGUAAGAGGUUGAGGAGACUCAGGAUUGAAAGAGGUGCUGAUGAACAAGAGAUAGAGGAUGAAGAAGGCAUUGUUUCACAUGCAGGAUUAAUCUCAUUGGCACAGGGGUGCACAGAGUUAGAGUAUAUGGCUGUGUAUGUCUCUGAUAUUACAAAUGAAGCUCUCGAGUGUGUAGGUAUGCACUUGCAUAAACUCUCUGACUUCCGCUUGGUAUUGCUUGAUCGAGAAGAAAAUAUAACUGAUCUUCCACUAGACAAUGGAGUUCGAUCUCUGUUAAGUGGAUGCUCUGGUCUUAGAAGGUUUGCCCUAUAUCUAAGGGCAGGGGGACUAACUGAUGUAGGUCUUGGAUAUAUCGGGCAACACAGCCCGAAUGUAAGAUGGAUGCUUCUUGGUUAUGUAGGGGGGUCAGAUGCUGGUCUUGCUGAAUUUUCUAAAGGUUGUCCUAGCCUGCAAAAGCUAGAAAUGAGGGGUUGUGUCUUCAGUGAGCGUGCAAUUGCUCAGGCUACUUUGCAGCUAAAAUCCCUGAGGUACUUAUGGGUGCAAGGGUAUAGGGUAUCAUCAAUAGGUGGGCAAGAUCUCUUAGCUAUGGUUCGCCCUUUCUGGAAUAUUGAGUUGAUUCCUCCAAGAAGUGUUGAAGCGCCUGCUGAUAAUGGUGAAGUGGUUGUUUUCGAACAUCCAGCUCAUAUACUUGCAUAUUAUUCACUUGCCGGACAGAGAACAGACUUCCCUCCAACUGUUAUCCCUUUGCAACCAGCUGCUUUUCAUAGUUGAUGGACUCGUGUAUACUGCCACUCAGAAAGGUUUUGUUAUUUUUACUUGUCUUUCUUUUUCUUCCUUCUUUUGUUCAUAUAGGAUUGUGUAGUUCUUUUUUCCCAAGUGAGGCGAGUCUUUCCUUGUUCGUUUUAGAUACCCUUUGCCAUACUAUUUUCCGUGUAAGAUUUUGUUUACUAUUGAUGUUGAGGAAUCAUACUGGGUGCUUGAUGCUAACUUUUUUUCUGACUUUUUAAUGUACUGGAAUGAGUGCCUAGUUGCCCCUGUUGUUUGUAAUAUUAGUAUUACACGAUAUGAAUUAUGAAUACAAGUUCACCCAAAUUUUGGAUUUUUGGCUAAUGUCAGAGUUAGAUUCUGAACAUCAUUUACUAGUUGCUAAUCGCUUGGUGUAAGCUUUUUAGGUAUGAAUGAUUGUAACCAUAGCGUUGUGGUUGAUGUAUUGCCUGGACCAGUUUGAAAAGUUUUCAGGAAUGAGGAAUGCAAACAGACAGAAACUUAGACAUGAGCAUGAGCAUGCUACGGAUUCGCAGCAUAUUACCUUUCUUUCAAGACAGAAAUUUUCCUGGACAAUUGAGGGGGUGGGUUGGUCAAAAACUAAAGAAAUUAAAGGUGGCUAAAGGGAGACUCUGGAGAAAUUUGUAAAGAGUGUUGUCCAAAGUAAAAGAAAGAACAUAUGCAAUUUGUAUACAUCUCAUAAGUUCAAGUCCUUUCUGGCAGAGCAGUCAGAAGUCGCAAAAAAGGGAGUAAGAUAUAUCAACUUGGGAAUUUGAACUCUAUGUAUCUGAUUUGGACGUUGGCAGAUUCAGGGAAAAAGCUGGUCUGCCUUUGCUCAAUCCAUCCAAGUAUUAUAUAAAUAUAAAGGUACUUUCAAAAAAAAAUUCCAUCCAAGUAUUUAUGAUGUAAAAGGCAGUAAAAAAAAGGGUUAAAAUCAAGAUGUUUAUCCAGUAGUGUAAAUAAUUCUAGUACUUUUUGAGCGUCAGGACUUUAGGAUCCCAAUUCAGAUUUCACUUUUACAAUUGUUUUAGAAAGUACUCAUAUAGUCGUACGUCCAUGUUGAUUGGAUUUGUCGGGCUUCACGACGGGCUAAAAGCAUCAAAGCAAGACUUUUACAUCCUUUUAUUGG